CUCAUUUGGCAUUCAUAGGGCGCAUACAUCUCUAUAGGGCCUACGAGUCUGCCCCGCGUCCCCAUCAUCCCACUCUGUCUUCCUGUGAAUCCCGCUAAGCCGUGGGUUGGCCUCACUAGCGGCUCUGCGACCGCAACGGGCGAUGCCGGUUGUGGAAAAGUGGCUCGUGGGUGGUUCGAGAGUUUAACCCCGCCAUCGUCUGAUCAGCUCAACUCUUGUUUGUCAGUUUCUUCUGCUGUCAUCUAUUUUAUUCUCAUCGUCAAUCUAUAUCUACCGCCUAAAAAUCCUAAGAAGCCAAAGACGAAUAUCCUCAGUAUCCCACCUCCAAUCGCAACUUAUCCAUCAAUCGCAAGCAAGCAAACCAUGGCCGGCCCGCCCCCCGACGCUUCCAACCCCAACAUCCUCCGCGACACAUUUUCCACCGACUUUGCCAACCACUCGUCCGCCUGGGACUCGCUGUACCAGCAUGACUUCCACCCCUGGGACCGCGGCGGCCCUUCGCUCGCCCUAGCCGACCUCCUCUCGCAGCGCACCGAUCUCGUCCCGUCGGCGCAACAGGGCGAGCCGACAAAACGCAGAACGGCCCUCGUGCCCGGUUGUGGCCGUGGCCACGAUGUGCUUCUUCUGCAGUCCUACGGCUACGAUGUCUGGGGCCUCGAUGUGUCUGCAGACGGCAUCAAGCGCGCCAAGCAAAAUGUCGAGGAGUACCAUGCUCGCGGGGCCAUUAAGCCGAUAGACGGUGUUGAGCUCGGUGAUGCCAAGUUUGUUGUGGCCGACUUCUUCGCGCUCGACUGGACAGAGGGCCUUGGAACGGAAGGCUCAGGAAAGUUUGAUCUCAUCUUUGAUUAUACGUUCUUGUGUGCGCUGCCUCCCGAUAUCCGCCCGAAAUGGGCCAAGCAGAUGAGCCAGCUGCUCUCCCCAAGCGGCCGCUUAAUCUGUCUCGAGUUCCCCAUCGGCAAGCCCCUCUCGGAUCGCGGUCCCCCAUGGGGUCUGAGUCCCGAAGUGUACGAGGCACUUUUGGCGCAUCCCGGCGAGGAGCUCAAGUACAAUGAUGACGGCUCCGUGAUUGACCCGCCGAGCCCGAAACCCCAGGACGGCGCGCUGCAUAGAUUGUGUCUGGUCAAGCCGACGCGAACACAUAAGGCCGGCACGAAUGAGGACGGCACCGUGAGAGACUUUAUAUCCGUAUGGAGCCAUUAGAGUGCCAGCGGAGCGUGAAGUGAAGAGAAACGAGCACAUUUUCGGGAUACAUGGUGAAAACACGCUUCUAUUGUUUUAUAUUUUGACACCCCUCAUAACCACAAAGUAACUCCUGCCAAUGCAAAUUUGAAUAUAACCAUCCCAGUCUAGGGAUCACUCUCUGUUCUACUUUUUCCGCAGCGAAUUAUAGUGCUCGCCCAACCCGUAGCCGUGUCUGUAGUAUGCCAGCCACAGUGUCUUGUCGCCCUCGCCAAUGACUUCCGUUCGGCCGUCUUGUACCACCUUGAUGCCCACGUUGUAUUUCCUCGCCAGAGCUGUCAGCUCUAGCUGGCCACCCCAUUCCGCUGUGUCGCGCAUCUUGGCCACGUAUGAGUCAAAGUCCUCCUCGAGAAACGGCGCAAAAUCAUCCGCAUUGUCGGCCAUGAAUGAUGAAGCGGCAGCUCGGAUCUUCUUGUACGGUAAGCCGGCGCCUUCGAUGGGAAUAUCGUGUUGCGAGAGCUGGUCGGCCACCGCAGAGAAAAGGCAGUGUCCGUCAGGUGCAAUUUCUUGCUCCACGAGGCCGUUCUUUUCAAACUCUGUCUUCAUGUAUUCGCUCUCUUUAGCGCGGAAGUCAGUCAUGUUGGCAGCCUCUUCUUCGGCCUUGACAGCUUCGGCCUCUAGCUCUGCUGCGCGACGGGCAAGACGUUCCUUUUGGCGGUUGCGCUUCUUUCCAAGCCCUUGCCCUUGCUCGGAUGUUGUCUCGGUCUGUGGUUCGGAUAUCGUCAACUUUUGUGCGCUCUGUGCUAGAGUCUUGUCGGGUUCUGAUGGCUGUGGUACGUCGUCCGCGUUGUCGCCGUCAUCUUCUGCGUCUGGUGCUGUCGUUUCGCCGUUGAUUGCCGCUAUUUCAGUUGCUUGCUUUUCUUUUAAUUGUCGCUCUAGCUCGGUGCACUCGUCAUUGACGCCUUUUCGUGUCUUUUUUGUCGCGUUCUUCUUCUUGCUCGUGAUGCGACCCUGCAAGUCUUUGAGCUCUUUGCGAUGGCGCGCCUGCGCUUGCUCUAAUGUUUCCGCCUCCAUGCUUUAUGGUAGGAUCUUCGUACAAUAUUCAACGGCAAAUUUCACCGGGGGCUCGCAAAUGCCAAUGCAAUCGAAUGCCGUCAAUGAGAUUUUGCGGAAGCU